AUGAGCGACUUGGUGUGGCAUUCUCGUUCUCACCUGAGGAAGCUUGGCUCUUCACGAUCCUUCGGUGACGACCCGCUAUUAUCACCGAUUCAAGAGACACGUCCAAAAGUUUCCCACAAGGCAAAGAAACGGCGCAAGUCCUUGGACGAUGAUUCUUCAUUGGAUAUAGCAGGUGAUGAUCUCCAUCAGCGUCAUUCAAACCAUGGUCACCGCCAUCAUCGCCAUCGGCAUCACCACCGUAGCCACAGGUCAAAGAGUCGCGAUAAGGAACUACACAGUCGAGAUAUUGUCGGAGCACCAUCCAUCUUUGAUGCAGUCACAGCGCCAAGCUUUGAUGCGAAGGACCCCACUGCAUUGGAAGAGAAUCGACCUACCGGUAUUCAUAGGCUAAAAGCAAACAGCACAAACAAACAAGAGCAAGCGCGAGACUUGGACGAAGCGUUUCGCAUGUACAUUUAUGCCGAAAAGGCGGCGCUGAAAAUACAACAAGCAUUCCGAGAGCGGCAAAAGGAAAAGGGAUUGGUGACCAAGCAACUUGAUGAUUCCGAUGCUUCCACUACAGAGAACCAUUCAGAGGAUCCAGACGAAGUUGGCACUGUCAAGUCCGAGGAAGAUACUUCCAACAAGUACACCGUGAUAUUUCUGGCACUUUUUCUGUUAGUCAUGACCGGUCCAAAACUGGUAAUGUCUUGUUGGAGCGUUAUCAAAAAGUGUUUUGGAGGUGAUGAUACUGGAGGAGCCGAUGCGAUUGCGAACCAGGCGGCCAUGCCACCUGGUGGUGGUGGUGGCGGCGGAGGAGGAGCUGCCCCUGCCCCAACGGGUGGUGAAGGUGGUGCUGCUGGUGGAGCUGGUGGUGCUCAAGCUGGGGCACAAGGAGCAAUGGCUGCUCAGGCUGCAUCCUCUGCAGCUGGUGGAGCCGCUUCUGGUGUUGCUAGUGGAGCCGCUGCCGGGGCUGCUGCGAGUUCUGCUGCAGCUGCGGCUACAGCUGGUGCCACCGCCGCUGCUGCGGGAGCAACUCAAGUGGCAGCCGUUGUAGCUGUUUCUACUGCUGCUGCUGCGGCCACGACAGCUGUAGUGGCGAAAUAUGCCCCUCCUGAACCAAUAUUAUCGGUGUGUGGUCUUGCCAAUCCGGAUAUUCGCAGUGGUCGUAUGGUGAUGCUGUUCGAAGGCGUUCCUCGACCAUUCGACGACCGAGAGUCGGGGCUAGUCUCGAAUCUAGUAUUGGGAGCCUACAAUGAAAUCACUUUGGGUACCAAUGUGGCGGUCACGGGCUGUCUGGAUCCACUUGCCCGGGAGAUGCGGAGUGUUUCGAUUGUGAACCAGACGCUAUCAGUUUUGACGGAUGGACCGGUUUCGACCAUCCUUGAAGUGGUAUUUGAGGCUCAAGUAGCAUGCGACCGAUGUUCUGAAACGAGUCCAUUAUUCAGUGAGGAUCAACUGGAGCAACAGGAUGCUUCCGAUGGAAACGGCACUGACAUUACAGCAGGAAAUGUCACGGAUUCGUCAGUCGGUAUUACAUCCGACUUUGGCAUCGUUUCGAACGCUACGACAGAAGGCGUAGUACAACUGGACGGCGAGCAAUCUCGACUGCUUCAAACGGGAGGUUUCUCGGUAGAUUUCUCGAGUCAAAAGUUUUUUCAAAAGUUGAUUCAGCUGGUGAUUUUCGAGACAGAAGAGCUAUCGGACCAGGGAGAGUUACCCGAGGGCUUUGUUCAAAUCUCAAAGGCUUCGGUGAUUACAAAUGUGGCGGAGGAAGAAGAACUGGUGACGGAAAUCAGGUACAAAAGAGAUGCUGCUAGGGGUGGCGGAACUAGUAGUAGUGGUGGAGGAGGAGGUAAUACCGUUGGCGGUGGUGGUGGGAAUGUAAGGGCUACCUUUGAAUUCGAAUUUGUUGACUCAAGCGGACAGAUUCAAAAGGAGACCGUGGCUGUCACAGAAGAAGGUGGAGCUGUUCCAACAACCGCGUUUCCCACCUUUGAACCGAGCCAUGCGCCCACGGACCUUCCUUCGAUGUCGCCAACGAAUGUGUUCUCUGGCCAGCCCACUACCUUGCCAAGCGCUGGACCGACGGACACACCGAGCAGUAUUCCAAGUAUAUCGCCUUCUGAAGCUCCAAGUGCUGUUCCAAGUGAGGCACCAUCUCAGGUCCCAAGUGUUGUUCCUAGUGAAUCACCUUCUAUGAUACCGUCUGUGGCCCCAAGCGAGGAACCAUCAAUGGUGCCAUCAAUGGUACCUUCGGAGGUCCCCAGUACAACUCCUUCAAUGAUUCCUUCAAUGAUUCCAAGUACAGUUCCAUCCAUGAUGCCUUCGAUGAUACCAUCAACACUCCCUUCAAUGAUUCCUUCUGAAGUUCCAUCCGAGACACCGUCAUUUGUUCCCAGUUUCGUGCCUUCGGAGUCACCAAGCAUGCAACCAUCUAUGGUCCCAUCUGCAAGUCCGUCGAAAAGUCCGACAAUGGCGCCAUCUUCGCAACCAAGCGGAAACGUGGUCUUGAUCGUACCCGGUAUGUCGACAGCCCAGAGCAGCCCUUACGAUUUCGGUCAUCCAUGGUUAGCUAUCGAUGGGAGCACAGCCGGCAAUUAUGCGGCCGGACAGUCAACGCACACUCAAAUAGAAAACGACCCGUGGUGGUAUGUGAACAUAGGCGCAGGCUGGGGCAACCGACCGUCUACUGUAAAAUAUGUCAGUGUUUGGAACAGAAGCGACUGCUGUGCGGAACGAUUGUAUGGUGGAUGGGUCCAACUACUUGCUUCAAAUGGAGCUAUAUUGCAACAGAAGCAGAUUACGAGUGCGAUUGGAUUUGGUGGCCAGACUUUGUACUUCAGCCCUCAACCCAAUGUUUGGUUCAUUAAGGUUCAGCUAUAUGGAGCAGGGAGGAUUCUGUCACUCGCAGAGGUUCAAGCUGUAGGCUUUGUCCAGUGA